UCCAAAGUGAUAUGAUUUCUCUCCAUCUUGCACGAUUUAGCCUACAUACCUCACCUUGCCUUACUAACCUAGGUACAAUACCUUACCUAUUUCCAUAUGCAGAUUUCAUAGAACUAACCCCCAAAUCAAAAUCCUCAUGACAUCCACAUAACGUACCUAUGUAUAAUAAACUAGGUUAGGUAUUAUACUAUACUAUACCAUAUACGUAAAACCCUCACGCCAACGAACGGAUCUUCGUACGAGAUCUAUCUAUCCAUCUAUCUAUCUUACUACCUACCUACCUACCUAGUACUUCUGUUAUCCCAUCAUUGCCCCACCCCGGAUAUGAUUCCCCGCAUUCUAGAAUGUCGAGAAGGAAAAAUGACUAAAUAACUUAUUAGUCGACCCGAACUCGGCGCGUCCCCGUACAACAUGUAUGUGCAACACCUACCUAGGUAUACAGUAGGUGAAGUGAUAAAGCCGGUAUCUACAGGUUACCAGAAGGACAUAGGACAGCAACGAACCACUGAGAUCUCAUUUGAAAUUGCCGAGGCGUAUUGCACCGUAUCACCGUCCAAAGAUGGAGCUGCCGCUUACGAUGAAUGCCGUUGUGUUCGACGGCCCGUACAAGGUUUCGCUUCAGCAGAGACCGGUGCCUAAACUACAACAUGAUGGAGACAUUGUAGUCAAGGUUAAUACAACAGCUCUCUGUGGAUCCGAACUUCAUGCUUUCCGAGGCCACCAGCCCUCUGACACCGGAUUCAUCAUGGGCCACGAGUUCACCGGUACGGUAGUAGCUGCGGGAAAAGAUGUCCAUUCGGUUCAGGUUGGCGAUAAAGUCGUGUCCCCUUUCACAGUGUCCUGCAUGAACUGCUUCUACUGCAAGAACGGAUACACAUCUCGGUGUGACCAUAGCUUAUUGUUUGGCUCGGAGAAGUUGGAUGGUGCUCAAGCUGAAUAUGUACGCGUACCUCUUGCUGAUGGCACGGUAAUGAAGGCGCCUGCCGAGAUUGAGGACAAUGCCUUGGUCCUUAUGGCGGACAUAUUCCCGACGGGCUUCUUCGGCGCUAGAAAUGCUUUCAACGCCCUUGGGUCGCAAGACCCUUCCGAAGCCACUGUCGUUGUCAUUGGUUGUGGACCGGUUGGGUUGUGUGCAAUAGUCUCGGCCCUUGAGUACAAGCCAAAACAUCUAUUUGCCAUUGAUAGUGUUGACAGUCGCCUCGAGCUAGCAAGAAGCCUCGGUGCGGAACCUCUUAACUUUAUCACAGGUAAAGAGACUAUGAUUCCUCGAAUAAAAGAAGUUACAGACGGGCGAGGGGCCGAUGCAGUUAUUGAAGUAGUUGGUUUCAGCCCUGCCCUGAGGACUGCGUUUGAUGUGAUAAGACCUUUUGGCUUCAUAAGCAGCAUCGGCGUCCACAACGCCGAGAUCCCUUUUAGUGGCGAUGAUGGGUAUAACAAAAAUGUAAGGUUACAAAUGGGGAGGUGCCCGGUCCGGUCGAUUUUUGCCGACGCACUCAAAGUCCUAGCUAAGAACCAACAUCGGUUCGGAUUCAUGUUCGAGAAAAUCAUGCCUCUUUCUGGGGCUGUAACGGGAUAUGACUUAUUUGACAAGAUGAAAGUCCAAAAGGUCGUCUUCAAGCCGUAGCUGGAUGAUGAGGGGACAUAUUAGUUCUGACGAGGUUUGACAAUGCCAUCAUGCAUAAAGUAAUAAACGAUAGUGGAAUCGUCAUGUAUCGUAGCUAGCAAAACCCUCUUGGCUCGAUCUGGAGAUGUUGAGGCCUGUGGUGGCAUAGAAUCGAAAACACUUGCAAACGACCUGAGAGUCCAUUUUUCAGCUAGAUGAGUCGGUAACACCCAUUCGACUAAAGGCGCUUCUGUAACAUUAUCUUUAGGUUUCUGAUGGGACUUGAGCAUCUCGAUUUGGUCGUCUGGAUGUAAAUAGAGCUGAUGUGGAGGCAAGCCGGAGAUCAGUGGCCUGGGCAAAAGUGAAUUGUCCACGGGGGAAUGAGUUAUGAUUUGUAAGUCUGUCCAGUCAUGUUGGUAUCGAAGAUUGUCAAGCACUGAAGCUGCAAGAUGUUCAGCUAAUGUCUUCUCUGCCAUUAUGAUAAGUUUUUUUUUCUUUUUUUACAAUCUUUCUCUGUCGUUUUUUCCCUUUCCUGUUAUAUUUCUGCAACUAGCUGCUUUUUUACGUAUCGAGUGUCAUAAAAGUGAGAACCUUUUUGGCAAAAUACCUAAGGUUACUAGCAACAGAAUUAUGAGCGGUGUAAAGCGGC